CGCCGCCGCGCCCUUCCGCUUCCGGCAGCCCUGGUGCGCCCCCGUCCCCUCAGCGCAGCGCCGGGCCCAGCGGUGCCGGCGACGCGGGGACUUCGCAGCUCUCCCGGGCCUUCGGCUUCCCGGGGUCACCUUCAUGGGCCGGCGGUAGCGCGGCGGGGCCCGGGGCCGUGCUGAGGCGUCGGCGGGGCUGGGAGGAGCGGGGCCGGCGGCGAUGUUCGUGCAGGAGGAGAAGAUCUUCGCGGGGAAGGUGCUGCGGCUGCAGGUGUGCACCAUGGAGGGCGCCGAGUGGCUGGAGGAGGUCCCCGAGGACACCACGGUGGAGAAGCUGAAGGAGCGCUGCUUGAAGCACUGUGUACCUGGGAGCUUGGAGGAUCCAAAAACUGUGACACAUCACAAGUUGAUACACGCUACUUCUGAGAAGGUGCUAACAGACACAAAAACAGUGCUGGAGGAAAACAUUCAAGACAGAGACGUCUUGCUCUUAAUCAAGAAGCGUGCACCACCUCCGCUCCCCAAAAUGUCAGAUGUGUCUGCAGAGGAGAAAAGGAAACAAGAACAGAAAGCUCCUGAUAAGGAUGCUAUUCUCAAAGCAACUGCAAAUCUGCCCUCUCGCAAUGCAGAUCGCACUGUGGCCCAACACAACAUGAGGGAUUUUCCUUUUUUGCAGUUCCAGACAGAGCUCCGGAAGAUCUUAGUUUCUCUCAUUGAAGUUGCACAGAAAUUGCUAGCACUGAACCCAGAUGCAGUUGAACUAUUUAAGAAGGCAAAUGCCAUGCUGGAUGAGGAUGAGGAAGACAGAGUGGAUGAGAUAGCUCUGCGACAACUUACAGAAAUGGGGUUUCCAGAGAGCAGAGCUGUCAAAGCCCUUCGAUUAAAUCAUAUGUCAGUGACACAGGCCAUGGAGUGGUUGAUAGAACAUGCUGAUGACCCCGCAGUGGAUGCUCCGCUUCCAGGUCAAACUGCACCCGAAGCUGCGGCUGAAGCUGGUGCAUCCUCUGCUGAAGCAACUGCAGGUCCGAGUUCAGAAGCAGGUGGGGAAGAAGCCAAAGAUGAGCUGACUGAAAUAUUUAAGAAGAUACGAAGGAAAAGAGAGUUUCGCCCAGACCCACGGGCUGUCAUCGCCCUAAUGGAGAUGGGAUUUGAUGAAAAAGAAGUGGUAGAUGCACUCAGAGUAAACAACAACCAGCAAAAUGCAGCUUGUGAAUGGCUGCUGGGAGACAGAAAACCUUCUCCAGAGGACUUAGAUAAGGGAAUUGACACGAACAGCCCUCUCUUCCAAGCCAUCUUAGAAAACCCAGUGGUACAAUUAGGGUUAACCAACCCUAAAACUCUACUAGCCUUCGAGGAUAUGCUUGAAAACCCCUUGAACAGCACUCAGUGGAUGAAUGAUCCAGAAACUGGGCCUGUCAUGCUACAGAUCUCUCGAAUCUUCCAGACACUGAAUCGCACGUAGAGGGGAAUGCCAGACCACUGUGCCACUUCCUACUGUCCCUUGUGUCACCUUCUCAAUGGGGAGGGUGCAUGGAUUGUUUGGGGAGGGGGGGGAGGGAUUCUGUCCGAGUAGGGGUCUCACACGAGAGCUUAUGUAGUUAUGGCCAACUGAAGUUAAUUGCCUUGUGAAUUUAGUGUUAGUGGAAGAGGUUUGAAGACUUGUAUAUGUUUUCAGGUGUUAGGUCAAAAAUAAAGUAUAUCAAAAAAAUAGGAAAAGGUUUUGUGAAAACAAUUAAGAAUCUGCUUAUCAGAAAGAACUAUGAUAUUGCUUGUUAAAAAAAGGCCUGUGACAGUAGUUUUCUAGCCAGUUUUACUAGCAUCUGGCUAGUGUUUACAAAAGGUCACUGACCACUAGCAUAGGAUAUUAAUCAUCUCCAUGCAGUAUUAAUUUAUGGCUAUAUCAAAUUAUAAAAUGCUUUUUAAAAUGGAUUCUUAGGAAAUAUUUUUUAAAAGUCCAAAUAUCGGGAGAGCAAGCACAUUUCUAUCCAAAUUUGUCCGUCUUGCAUCAUAAUUGAAACAGAAUAAUUCAUAGAUGGCAUUCGUUUAAUAAAUAGCAUUACUUUUUCCUAUUUAUUUUCUGCAUUAGUGUUCUUCCAGUCCAACGGUAGUUCCACUUCUAGGAGAUUGUCAGCUAUGUUAAAGAUGCAGUAUCUCUUUCAUGGCAGAACACCGACACUUGGAUUCUCAAGGAGGCUGCAGUUCAUAACUUUAUCCUAUGCCAUAUCUUAGUGCAAGGAGGAUAUCUUCACGUGGUGGGUUUUUUCCAUUUUUAUGUGCACGGUUUUGCAAAGGGGAACUUGUGUUGUGGACUGCUUCAAACUGUUUACGAAAAAGCAACUCAUGUGCAUGGGUUUUCCUAGAACGGUGAUCUGCAAAGAAGCAGAAACACUUUGGGUUUUAUAUUUUUUUUUAAGAUAUUUAAAAGCACGCUUGAAAUUAUUUCCUUUGAGAUAGAAGUGGUUAUCCUUGACACUUUGGAAAUAUCAAGAAAGUCAGGCUCUGUCUUCCCUAGUUUUGUUGGAAGACUGAUGGGAGAUUUCAGACAGGUGCCGUGGGCUUGUAAGAAGAGAACUCACUGGUGAAUAUUCAGCUAGUUUCUUGUGAUUGGGCCAUGCAGGCUUUUGUUUUCAAGGUAGUGAAACACAGCUGACAUCUGUCACAAUCCCUGCUGGAGCAUGUGUUCCGUAGCCUGUUUUUUUUUAAAGGUGUCUGUCAAAUAGAUCCUGAAUAGCUCUGCCAGGAUUCUUUCCAAAUGUGUGUUUUAUGCAGUUGUGUUUUUGUUUUAAAAAGGAAAAUGCUACAAGAUGCAACCCGAAACCCUGUGACAAGUUUUGGCCUGAACUUGGCACCUCGUCUGUGCUAUUGUGCAGCUGAGGCACUGAAGUUGCCAGUUUCUCAUAAUUAAUAUGAAGGGUGGGGAAACAAAACAGCAUGAGAUUUUAUCUUGACUUACUAUCCCAGGAUUUUUUUUUUUUUUAAUUUGUUAUCUGUAGUUUCAUGGUAAGCUUUACAGUUCACAACUGCUGAAAUAUUUACGUUUGUGCUUGGAAAGUCCAGGAUUUACAGAGGUGUUUGUUCGGAUUGGUUGUUCGAAUGCCCAGCUGCUCCUGGGACUGUCUGGUGCCACUGCCAGGGCAGCGUGGGUGAUGAAUUUAACAGGCUCUCCAGUUUUCAGGUGGUUGAAGCUGAAUGCUGCCUGACCUCCUUUGCAGGAGCAGAGUGGCUCCUUCUAAGCAUGAAGGUUCUGCUGCUUGUGCAUUUCUGCAGAGUGUGGUACUGCCAGGAUCUGCUACUGAACUUGUUCUCUCCGUGUCUGUUGGGUAGGAGUGGUGGAAGUUAUCAGGGUUGCCUCCCUUGGUAUGCCAGAAGAGAGUCAGAGCCACUGCUGGCUCACGAGGAAAAAAAAUAUGAGUAAAACAAGGCAUGCAUAUGUAAUAGAUGAAGGUAAGGUUGCCAGUGCUGUAGCAGCAAUUAGAAACUGCACGGAUAAAGGAACGCUGCAUCUUGAAAAUGUGUGAAGGCUUGAGAAUAUGUGGUUGUUUCCGGCUUUGCUUAUUUCAGAGCUCAAAGCUUACGUAGCCGAAGUGUUGGAGAGAGUGUGUUCUUCCUGAUCUGCCAAACCUGCUUGUUGCUUGUUACAGCUGCUUGUCUUUUGGGAACUUAUGGUUCCAGUGGCCAGUCCCCGAAAGAGGCCAGAACUUAGGAGGUGUGAUGUUUGCAGCAAGGCUUAGGAGUUGAACUGAAUGGAGCCAAAACUGCCGUUAAGGUUGAACAAACCCUUUGAGGAGCUGAUCAAGACAUCAGUAUUGUUCUGUGGGUAUGAAUUAGUAGCAGACUUAGGGAGCUGUGUGUCCCCGUGACACCUGAGUGUAUUGCUGCUUGAUUAGUUAUUGGUGGGAGGAUGGAUGCUAAGUUCAUUAUGUUUGCAAAAGCAUUGAUUUAUCCCAGUUUUUAGUGAACCUGCCAUAAUCCUGAGUGAUCACUGCUAUUUAGUAAGAACGUGUGUAGGCAGGUCUCCAGGCCAGAGGAGUCUGUGUUACGAGUACUUCCUGGGCACAAACCAUCCUGUUCUGUGGCUAACGGUUCAAGGACUGGUGGAUCUGCUCUGUAAGCCAGCGAGAGGUCCCUAAACAUAUUGGAAUGUAAGUUUUUGUUUUAAUAAAAUAAGUGAAUUCUGUGAA